GCGGACACGCCAGUCGAAAGUACUAGCUACCUCCUACCUCCUGUACGCCAGCUAACCGCGUUGUUGCCCAACGAGAGUGGUAGUCAAAGUAAUAACUACACAUCCGUGUAGCUGACCACACUUACGACUUACGACCUGUUCUUCAAACGCGGCCCCAGCUCACUAGAUAUACAUUUCAGUGUCGAAAGGGAGUUCCAAGGGAUUCCUACUGCAUCUGCCACUACUUUUGGAUUAGCCGAUUCUAUUCGACCAAGGAGUCCCCACCAUGCUGUCGGACAUCGACCAACUGCCCACGCUCCAGGUGGGCGACUACACCCUCCAGUUCGAGCUGGGCGAGCCGACGGCCCAGGGCAAGGAGGUGGCCAUCAAGGAGCUCCGGGAAACCCCCGAGCGGCAGAAGGAGGCCGCCAAGGAACUGGCCCGACUUCUAGAGGCGGAGACGGACUUGCUGUACCCCAAGGGAAACGAGGAGUGGCUGAUCCGAUACCUGCGGCCCUGCAAGUACUACCCGGAAAGUGCUCGGGAUCUGAUUAAGCGGUACUACGCCUUCAAGGUGAAGCACGCUGAUGUGUACACCGACCUGAAGCCGUCGAACGAGGCCAACAUCUUCAAGCACAACAUCCUCACCGUUUUCCCCAACCGAGAUCAACUGGGUCGCCGAAUUUUGGUCCUCGAACUGGGCAAGCGCUGGAAGCACAAGCAGGUCACCCUGGAUGAGGUGUUCAAGGGAGCCGUGCUCUUCUUGGAGGCGGCUAUGCUGGAGCCGGAAACGCAGAUAUGCGGAGCUGUGGUGAUCUUCGACAUGGAUGGCCUUAGUCUGCAGCAGACAUGGCAGUUUACCCCACCGUUCGCCAAGCGAAUUGUGGACUGGCUGCAGGACUCGGUGCCCCUCAGGAUCAAGGCCAUCCACAUCGUGAACCAGCCGAAGAUCUUCCAGGUGGUCUUCGCCCUCUUCAAGCCCUUCCUCAAGGAGAAGCUGCGCAGCAGGAUCAUCUUCCACGGCACCGACCGCGAGUCCCUGCACAAGUACAUGUCGCCCAAGUGCCUGCCAGCCGCCUACGGAGGAUUCCGCGAGGCCAGCCGCAUCGACAGUGACCAGUGGUACCAGUUGCUGCUCAAGUGCGACACCGAGUUCGACACCAUCAACUCGUACGGCUACAAAAAGAAGUGAUCUGUGGCCAGGUGACCUGUGCCCGUGAUAAUCAACUCCACUCGUUUCCACAUUAAAUCUACACGCGUUAUAGUUAAGCACUCGAUCUACCUUACGCUUGUCCUGUUAGUGAGUAGCGCCUAGAGUUUGCCUUAGUCUUAAUUAGGAUCGCGGAUUAGGAGUGUCGAUCGCAGUCAGAAGAAGUGUUAUACCUACAUGCAUAUUAUUUUUAAUCCGGGGUAAGCGUAUUUAUAUCAUUUUACUAAUGUACAUUAAACCAAUUGUUGAAAUAUAAACAGACUUUUGUAAAGA